AUCAUUUUUUAUGUUUUGAAACCCAUAUAAAAAUUAAAGAUCAGUAUAGAAGUCAUUAAGGGCAGCGUACGCGUAGUGAUAAUAUAUCUACGAUUGGGUGUGCGUGGGCUUAAUCGUAAACAAGAGGAAAUGUGAUGUCGAAGGAACAGAUUUAAAGAUUCUAGCACAUUUUUAUUCUUUAGUAGUUAUUAAUACCACAUUAAAGAUGGAUAUUGCUAGAACCGUAUUUGGGGUUCGAUCAACGGAGGGUUAUAUGUCAGGAAAGAGUAUAAAAGCCGAGAUGCUGCUGGAAGAUGAGGAUGAGAGCAAGCAUAGAGAGUCUGGUGAAGAUGCCAGCAAUUCUGUUCGAUUAUCAUGCCACGGGAAUGGUAGUGGCUACACCCCAUGUCCCGGUGGGCCAUUUAGUGCAUUGACAUCCUCGAUGUGGCCCCAGGAUAUCCUUGCUAAACUUGCGCAGCCAGAAGGUGCCGGACAGCCAGACUUCAGGUACGAUGAGUUUGGUUUCUGCAUCGAGGAGGAAGACGGACCGGAGCAAACGUCACGUAAGCUGCUCGGCUUGCCGUUCCUCGAGGAUUCACAGCAUCGUCUGACUUGGGUUGCACACCUAGAGUUCUCACAAAACAACGACGUCGGGGAGCUGACCUGGGAUCAGGUGGAGCCAGAGUUGCAGAGGUCAGACAAACUAGGAACCAUGGUAAGGAAUGGCAUCCCACAUUCUAUGCGACCACAGAUAUGGAUGAGGAUAUCAGGUGCCUUGCAAAAAAAGUUGAAUGCCGACAUUUCAUAUAAGGAUAUUGUCAAGAAUGGCUCUAAGGAUCAUUUGAUGACGUCAAAACAAAUAGAGAAGGAUCUACUGCGCACGAUGCCUAGCAACGCUUGCUUCUCUACGAUGACAAGCACAGGCAUACCGCGUCUGCGCCGUGUGCUCCGUUGCCUCGCCUGGCUCUACCCUGACAUCGGCUACUGCCAGGGUACCGGCAUGAUCGCUGCGUCGCUGCUGCUGUUCAUGGAAGAGGAGGAUGCAUUCUGGAUGAUGGCGACCAUCGUUGAGGAUCUUGUGCCAGCGUCCUACUACUCGAGUACGCUUAUCGGCGUGCAGGCUGACCAGCGCGUGCUGCGCCAGCUCAUAGUCACCUACCUCCCCGACAUCGACAUGGUGCUCAAGGAGCACGACAUAGAGCUGUCAUUGAUCUCACUGCACUGGUUCCUAACGUUGUUCAGUAGCGUUGUUCACAUGAAGGUGCUGCUGCGCAUGUGGGAUAUGUUCUUCUACGAAGGAUCAGUCGUGCUGUUCCAGGUCACGCUCGGCAUGCUGAAGACCAAGGAGUCCACACUGACCAGUCUGGAGAACUCUGCACAAAUUUUCAAUGCCCUCUCUGACAUUCCUGGGGAUGUAGAAGAAGUGGAACUGAUCUUAGAGCUCUCACAGCGAGUGGCAGGAUCAUUGUCUGAGGUAAUCAUAGAAACACAUCGGCGGAAGCAUCUUGCCUACCUGAUGGCAGACCAGGGAGCCAUCGUGAAUCCAGAGGCAGCUCGCAACCUGCCGAAGCAGCAGCUGAGCAGACGGCAGAUGCGACGGUCUCGAUCGCUCAUCCAGCUGCUGCUGUUCGGGGACAGCGAAGAUCCGGACUUCAUGAAAGCGAAGAACAUCAAGCAGACGGAGCUACUUGUCGACCUUCGUGAAGCCAUACUGCAGGUCGCCCGACACUUCCAGUCCGUCGACCCGGCACGCAACAGCAAAGUAAGUCUCGUCGCGGAUUAUUCGAUGGAGAGCCAUGCUAGAGACCACGAAAACUUCAUCAAUGUGCUGCGCAACAGGAAGCGUCGAGCCAAGGCCCUGCUCGACUUUGAGCGUCAUGAUGAUGACGAACUUGGUUUCAGAAAGAACGAUAUCAUAACGAUAAUCUCUCAGAAGGAUGAGCACUGCUGGGUGGGUGAGCUGAAUGGACUGCGUGGCUGGUUUCCUGCCAAGUUCGUGGAAGUGCUGGAUGAACGAAGCAAGCAGUACACAAGUGCUGGGGAUGAUGCUGUAACUGAAGCUGUCACAGAUCUAGUUCGAGGAACUUUGUGCCCUGGUUUGAAGGCAACUUUUGAGCAUGGUCUGUGUAAGUCAUCGAUAUUGGGUGGACCGUGUCACCCCUGGCUGUUUUUUGAAGAGGCGGCUGCAUACCUGGUAGAGAAGGACUUUGAGUCUGUUUAUUCUCGUCUUGUGCUUUGCAAGACUUACAGGUUGGAUGAGGAUGGUAAGGUGUUGACGCCAGAAGAGAUACUGUACCGAUGCGUGCAAGCUGUCAAUGUAGCACAUGAUGCAGCACAUGCUCAGAUGGACGUUAAGUUCCGUUCCCUAAUCUGCGCAGGCCUUAAUGAGCAGGUGUUGCACUUGUGGUUGGAAGCACUCUGCUCUUGCAUCCCGGUUCUGGAGAAAUGGUACCAACCAUGGUCCUUCCUUAGGAGUCCAGGCUGGGUCCAAAUCAAGUGCGAGCUAAGAAUCUUGUCCAACUUUGCAUUCAACUUGUCGCUUGACUGGGAGCUGUCUGUUAAGAAGGAGAUGUCUGCUCCAUUGAAGGAUGGAGUGCGAGACAUGCUGGUCAAGCAUCACCUCUUCAGCUGGGACCUCUGAAUGCCGCUGCAUGCUGGGUUGUCAUGGCAACAGGCGAUCAAAGGUCCCCCACCUCUGCCUGGUGUAGUACAGGAGCUAAGAGCCAAAAAUCAAAUGAAUUGUGCACUUUUUGACAAAAGCAUGAGAAUUGGGGGUGAUGGUGUGAGGAGGUGAUGUGCCGAUGACCCUUGACUACGAAAACUGCACUCAUGGGUGAGAGUGUUAGUUGGGUGAUUAGCACCGCAAAUAAGCAGUGCAAUCACGGAUCAUAUUUGGGGUGAAACGUGAUGUAGGGUUUAAUGCAGCCCUCCCACAGUUCAGCAAGCAUGCAUAUCUGUUGAACCUGGCGUCGUUUUGCAUGUAAUAUAAACGUGUCAUAUAAGCGGACCUAUUGAAAUGUAGCAGUGGUACACGCACACAAGUGAUGUGUAUAUGCCAAACGCAUGCUGUAUGUUUGAAAAGGGCCAGUUCAUGGUAAGAACUGCAGUAGCUUAAUAUAGUUAUCAUAUCCAGACCACUGAGGAUUUUGACAUGAUGUGUCGACUAUUGCUGGUGUUUUGGCAGUGUUAAUUGCACAGGUCACUCCAGCUUUACUUGUUACGUAACGAUAUCACCAUCAAAAUAUUGUGCAUUUGUCUGCUGACAUGAGUGCUUACAUGUAUAUGAAUGUGUGAUUGCGGGAAGUUCUAGGUUGGGCAAAAAGAAGCUAUUCUACAGACAGUGAGCAACAUGCAUGGAUUAACAUACACAUUCAUAUAUCUGAAUAUAUAUAUAUAUAUAUACAUGUAGGUAUUUAUUUCUUAAUUUAUAUUUACCACAAGAUAUUUAUAGACUGUUAUCAUUCCACUAGUAAGGGAGCAUUUUUCUCUUACAGAUAGCAUGACACAUUUUAUGACAAUCAUCCGUAUAAUUGCACGUAACCAGUGUACACAAGUUGGUCAUUUCCUUGUGUGUCAAUUGGUAAUUAUUGGCAGUAAUCUAGUCAGGUAGAGUAUGAGAGAUGGUGAAAAUAUAGUGUACUUUACUGAUUAUUCAACAGCUUUUAAUUUUCAUUAGACGCUGUUAGUGUGACAUAUACACGAACCUGGGCAGUUAAUAUGGGAGAUGUCUGGUCACAUCUGUGAGGUUAUACAUGUGAAAAAGCUUGAAUUUAACAGGGGAACAAUGAGUAUUCUGGGUGGCCCACACAUUGUGGAGUAUGCUUGCCUGCCUGACAUAGAAUGUUAGUUCUAUUGCAAAGAUAUGUAUCGGAUUAUGACUGACCAGGUGUUAUUUCCAGCUUUUUGGGCACGUGAUCGAAAUUCUUGCACAUUACAUGCGUCUCAAUUCGUCACUAGAGUUAACUAGGCAUUAAUGAAUCGAUGCACCAAUAUCAAAUUAGUAUAUUUUAUUGCGCUUGUUAAUCUGAUGGUCAUAAUGUAUGUAUUUACAGUAGGUAAGUAAUCAGUACGUACAGGAGACUGACAUGUUCAAGCAGUCCAUCUACUUACCAAAGAAUAUGCGCCAAGGGAACAUUGAUGAAACUUGGUUACAAAACACCAGUCGUUAUUGAAUUAAUGAGAUACUAUUAUUUACUUAUUUUGACAAUUUGGAGAUUACUUAUUUUUUGUCAUUAUUUAUGAGGUUUGAUUCAUUUUGCCCAAUUUCAAGUCAAAUGACUUUUAUAUUUCAUUUUUAUAUGCCUGCUAGAAUAUAUAUGUGAAAUAAGAAUGUGCAACUGUUAUAUACAUGUCCAUAGUGAUAAAUCAGGUGUAUCAGGACAGUCAGUCAUUAUUUAUUCUUACCAAAUGUGUGUCAGACAGUGAUUGUAAUAUUAGUUUGAUUUCUCUUUGUUUCUGAUAUGAAUUAAAAAUAGGUAGGAACCAA